UCGAAUGCAAUUGGAACAAUUUUUAGUUGAUAUCUGCAAACAAAAUUUAGUUUCUGCACAUAUUGACCAUCGUCAAAAUUGUAUUUAUUUUGGACAUGUAGAUUCACUUUUGGCAAGUGAACUUGAGAGUGAGCAUGGGCGUAUUUCUGAGAUUUCUAAAAUUACUACACACGUAUCUUCGGUUUAUUCAAUUUUGCAAGAUGCUUAUCUUGACAUUGAUCAAAGUUUUGUUAAGGAGCUUCAAGAAAAGUUGGCCCGCCAAAUUAAAAUUUAUUUAACUCAUAAAGAUGGCGAUUUUGAACGUAUACUUGCACGUCGUAAAAGAAUUGAGCUUUAUAAAGAAAAUACUGAGCAAAUGAAAAAAGAGAAGUUGUUUCAAUCUCAGAUGUUGGCUAAUAAACAAGAAGAAAAACGUCGAACUGAAGAAUAUAAUAAAUUAAUGGAAGAGAAUAAAGAAAACGAACAGCGUCGAAGAUUCGUUGAACAGGCUGAAAUUCAACGUAAAGUAGCUGCCGAUCGAAUGCAAAAACAAAAAUCGCAUCCAUUAUACGCAAUGUUGGUUAAAGAAUUGGGUGAAGAGGCUGUUGAAAAGAUGGAUUUGGAGCAAUUUGUUAUUGAGAAGCGUAUUCUUUUGGAUAAAGAACGAAAAGAACAACAAAAUAAGAUGCUGCAACAAGAGAAAAAGUUUGAUUAUUAUGUUAGAGCAAUUCAUUUGGAAGAAAUGUUAGUUUGGAAAGAAUUAUCUGAUGAACAACAAGCUUGUGCUUCGGAACUUUUUGACCAAUAUGAAGUAACAAGAAUUGAUAAAGAAAUAAAAGCACGUGAAAAGAUGUUAGAAUCUUUUCAACUUUUGACAAAUGUUAAAGAUGAUGCUAUUAAAUUUAUGCGUAGUACAAUUCAAUCACAUGCUGAGGACUUGAAGAUUAUUAAGGAGAAAUGGAAAAAGAAAGUGGAAUUGGUUCGUGAAAAGGCUAUUGAAAAAUUGGCAAAUGAGAGGAUGAAAAAAUGGCAAAGUGAAGUUAAACUUGUAGAGGAAGAACAGCGUCGUAAGGAAGAAGAACAACCGCCACCAAAACAAAUUUGUAUAGUUGAAGCGCCCCCACCUCAACAAGAACAAAGUAAGGAAAUUGUACCGCAGCAAAAGGGAAAAUAUUUGCCUCCUCAAAUGCGUAAAAAACCUUAG